AUGAUACCACAUCUGAACCGUACUUCUUUGUUCCCGCUCCUCCUCGCGUCGCUUUUCCUUUCUGGGUUACCCUCUCUCGCCGCAUCCCCCGCUGCGAACCCUGCGGCUGCAGCCGCCGUAGACUCUACCGAGGCUCUCUAUAACGCGUUGAUUCGCGUUUCCGCCGGCCUCGGCGGCGGCGCGAACGCGUCAGCGGCGUCGCUAGCGUGGACCGCGAGCCUGCUGCGCGGCACGGGCGCGGACCAGGAGGUGAUUAACGCGCGGAACUCGCCGCUCGGCGCGCUGCUGGUGGCGCCGACUAACUACGCGUGGCAGCAGUUCUUCGAUUUUCUCGAACAAGCCAACGCGAAGCAACCCGCGGGGACGUGGCCAGAUGUAUUUGUGGGAUAUCCAAGCGUCACCGCAACCGCCCUGCUAGCAGCAGCGAGCAGCAUCAGCACCCCUUCCUCCUCCAGCCCCCCCAACAUCACGCGCACCUUCAGCAACCUCUCUGCUUCUCUGAACCUGGACGCGCUGUCGCCCGAGGGGAGGGCCGCUCUGAAGAGCGUGCUGCUGCUGCACGUCACUGGCACCUACUAUCUUGAAAGCCAGCUAGAGGAAAUGGCAACUCCCAAUGCAAGCAACCCGGCGCCCCAGCACGGGCACAUAUACUCAGUAAACACAAAUCAAACCAUUCAGAUCCACAUCGAAUCCGACAAGUCGCUGGUGUUCCGCGUGCCGGCCAACGCCAACACGCCUGUGAGGGACAGCCCCUACACCGCCUACUCUGUCACUGCCGCCGCCACUGUUCUGCCCCCCCUGAAGGAUGCUGUUGCUGAUGGGAGGCUUUCCGUGCAAGGCGCUGACCAUGUGCUGGUCCCUCCCACCGGUCCUGCCAAUGCAGGGGGAAAAGUGUUCAAUGCGAAUGUACAAGGGAUACUUAGCAUUGCAUGUGAAAAUUAUUUUUUACCGCUCACGUCUUCCGUCAACCAAUCAGCGUCGCCCUUCGCACAAUCGACCGUCAGCGGCAGAAUCCAGCGAUGCUCGCACGUCGUACAAGGCAUCCGCGCUGUUGAGAGCUUCGAUACGAGUUUUGAGUUGGACCCUCAGGCUAAGGAGGUGCUCGUCUAUCUGCUCUCGUCCGACGUUUUCCUGCAGCAGGUGGCGAGCCAGCCUGGCGUGCCAGCUGGAACCACGGGGACGGAGUUCACUGGCGAGCUCUUCACGCCCGUUCCGUGGAGCCCCACGACACGCUUCGGCAUGCCACAGGAGUUGGAGAAGUACAAUGAGGAUAAGGAGAAUUACAUCAUCAUUAAUGUGCCGCCCAACUUCAUGUUCAAAGCACAGAUUUUCAAGCCUUCGCGUCUGUGUGCAAUCUUCAAGGUUUUGAGAGACCAACCAGCGGGCAAGGAGGAGGGUACACAAGCAUCGUUGUAA